AUGUCAGAAACCAAACCAGCCUCAUCCAAACCAGCCGCUGCUGCCAAACCAAAGAAAGUCAUUCCACGUGUAAGCAGAACAGGUGAACCAAAGAGCAAACCAGAAUCACGUUCAGCUCGUGCCGGUAUCACUUUCCCAGUAUCUCGUGUUGAUAGAUUAUUACGUGAAGGUAGAUUCGCUCCACGUGUUGAAAGUACCGCACCAGUCUAUUUAGCUGCCGUCCUUGAAUAUUUAGUAUUUGAAAUUUUAGAGUUAGCUCACAAUACUUGUUCAAUCAGUAAAAAGACCCGUAUCACACCACAACACAUCAACUGGGCCGUCGGUAAUGAUCUUGAAUUAAAUUCUCUCUUCCAACACGUUACCAUCGCCUACGGUGGUGUUUUACCAACUCCACAACAAUCCACCGGUGAAAAGAAGAAGAAACCAUCAAAGAAAGCAGCUGAAGGUUCAUCUCAAAUCUAUUAA